AAAUAAGGAUGAGAUGAUUAAUUAGUCUAUUAAUUAUCCUCUUCCCAGAGACCAGAAUGGUCUCUCUCUCUCUCUCUCUCUCUCUCUCUCACACACACACACACACACACACACACACACACACACACACAGAGACUUUACAGUGAAACCAAAAGCCAGUUAGAAUGAUUACUGACGAGGAAUGAAGACAAAAGCACAGAAUGGAGAAGACUGUGAGUUGAGAAAAGGAAAAACAGAGAGCUAAUUUUCUUCUCCACUUGCUUUAGACUGUUACUGCGGUGUUCAUCACUGUAAUCACACUUCAAUCUUCUUCCACAAUGCUUCUCAGCGCAAACUAAUCGUCUAAGGCCCAAACCCAGAAAAUAUCACACAAAAAUCUUAAUCUCUCUCUCUCUCUCUCUCUCUCUCUCUCUCUCUCUCUCUCUGCGCAUGAACAAUGCUCCACGGGACCUGCAUUGUCCUCUUCUCCCUUCUGAGCUCGCUUUCCCCACUCUGUAGAGCAAUGCUGAAUCUCACUCUCACUCCCCCUCGUCAGCAUCCCAACCCCGACGCCGUUGUUCAAGACGUCCAAAGAAUGAUUAAUGCGUCCUUGUCAAGAAGACAAAUGCUGGAAUACUCCCAAACCGGCGAAUCAUCCUCGUCGUCGUGCGCCACCGGCAAUCCCAUCGAUGACUGCUGGCGGUGCGACCCCGACUGGAGCGUCAACCGCCAGAGGCUCGCCGACUGCGCCAUCGGCUUCGGCAAGUACGCUGUCGGCGGCAAGGGUGGUGAAAUAUAUACCGUCACGGACUCCUCCGAUUACGACGCCGUGAACCCCAAGCCCGGCACCCUCCGGUACGCCGUCAUCCAGGACGAACCCCUCUGGAUCGUCUUCGCGGCCGACAUGGGCAUCCACCUCUCGGAAGAGCUCAUCUUCAACAGCCACAAAACCAUCGACGGCCGCGGCGCCGACGUGCACAUUCGCGGCGGCGGCUGCCUCACCCUCCAGUACGUGUCCAAUAUCAUCAUCCACAACGUUCACAUCCAUGACUGCUACUCCUCGGGGAACACCAUGGUGCGCUCCAGCCCAUCGCACUACGGGUACCGCACGAGAUCAGACGGCGACGGGAUCUCCAUCUUCGGGGCGACGGACAUCUGGGUGGACCACUGCAGGCUGUGGAACUGCAAUGACGGUCUGAUCGACGCGGUGAUGGGGUCCACGAGGAUCACGGUUUCCAACAGCCAUUUCUCGCGCCACAACGAGGUGAUGCUGCUGGGCCACAGCGACGAAUACGAGCCGGACACGAAUAUGCAUGUGACGCUGGCGUUCAACCACUUCGGGGAGAGGCUGGUGCAGCGGAUGCCUCGGUGCCGGCGCGGCUACUUCCACGUGGUGAACAAUGAUUACACGGAGUGGGAGAUGUACGCCAUCGGCGGUAGCGGUAACCCUACCAUCAUUAGCCAGGGCAAUAGAUACACUGCGCCUUCGGAUCCUUACGCCAAGGAGGUGACGAAGCGCGUGGACACAUCGGACAAGGAUUGGAAGAACUGGGUGUGGAGGAGCAAUGGAGACCUAAUGGCGAACGGAGCCAUAUUCGUGCCGUCUGGUGGGCUUGGGCUGGAGAGCUUAAAAGCCGACACUGUGGACCCCAUCUCUGCCACUUACAUAGACCAACUCACCGUGAACGCCGGCGUCUUUCUGCCCGCCAGGGACAUCAGAGAGGGGAAGUGGUAUGCAGGGGCGCCAAGUAGUGGAGGAAUUGGCCUAGUGUCUGAAAACUGGUACGGGGGCUAUGACGAAUUCGACGAGUCGCCCGCAACGCCUCCUUCCAUUCUCUGCUACUUUCUAGUUGUAUUGUCCACACUCUUGUUAUUUUGUGCAUCAAAUCUAGGACCCCUGCAAUUGUGACAAGAAAUCAAGUUAUGAUUUUAAGAAAUCAAGUCAUGAUUUUUAUCUU